AUGAGCAAUGGAGGAGUCACCUAUGCCGAACUGAAUGUGGCUAAGGAACCAAGGAAGCAGCAAAAGAGACCCAAGAUAAUUCAAAGUUGCAUCUCAAUAGCGGAGUAGGAAAUCACCUAUGCUGAACCUUCAACGUGCGACUCAGGAGCAUCCCGAGAAUGGCCGGGACUGCCUCUGCAAAGGGUGGUAGCUGGGUGCGGAGGCGUGGGUAGAAGUGGGAAUCUUCCAUCACCUCCAGAGAAGCUCGUUGCUGGGCUCCUGGGGAUCAUCUGCUUUGCCUUGACAAUCGCCUUGGUGGUAACAGCCACAACUGUCACUUCAUAUCCCAAAGUAAAGGAGCAGAUGAACUCUUCCCUGACAAGAACCCAUAAAGAUAAUAAACAUUAUCUUUCUCCAGCAAACCCAUGUACCCGUUGUCCAAAGGACUGGUUAACAUAUUCCCACAACUGUUACUAUAUUAGUAAAAAAAAAAAAACUUGGAAUGAGCAUUUAGUGUCCUGUGCUUCCAACAAAUCUAAUCUGCUGUACAUAGACAAUCAAGAAGAACUGAUUAUAUUUGUAACAUUCAACCUUUCUAGCAGAUUACAUAUUACACAUGUCUAUUUCUGUGAAAUACCAAUGGGCAAACCCACAGAAAUAGACAAGCGGGCAAUAUUUGCCUAG